AAAAAAAAAUAUCUAAAAAAUCGCCUUUCUAUCCAAACUCCCUCCCCUACCACCCACCAUGGUCGCCGGGGAGAUCCUCACCUGCGUGGCCAAAUAUGCCUCGCUCGCCGCCGCCGUCGCCGUCGGCCUGUACGCGACCCUGCUGGGCCUCCUCACCACCGAGACCGUCCAGUCCCACGCCGUCUACCUGCACGCCGUCCAGAUGACCUGGUUCAAGGACCUCAACGUCCCCGAGGCCUUUGGCUUCCUGCGCAACCAGGUCACCCCCUUCACCAUCCCCUCCGCCGACGGCCUCCCGCUGUACGCCUGGCACAUCCUGCCCGUGGAGCUGUAUCGCCAGCACGAGUCCGCCCUCGUCGCGGAGCCCCCCGGUCUGGUCUCCGACAUCACCGCGCGCCUCGCCUUCCGGCUCCUGCGGGACGACCCGGACGCCCGCCUGGUCCUGCACCUGCACGGCGCCGGGGGGACCGUGGGGUCGGGCUACCGCGUCCCCAACUACCGCGCCCUGUCCGCCGGCCAGCCCGACAAGAUCCACGUCGUGACCUUCGACUACCGCGGGUUUGGCCGCAGCCCCGGCCAGCCAUCCGAGGCGGGCCUCGUCGACGACGCCCGGGCCGUGGUCGACUGGGCCCGGACGGUCGCCGGCAUCCCCCCGUCCCGCAUCCUCCUCUUCGGCCAGUCCAUGGGCACCGCCGUCAGCCUCGCUGUGUCGCGCCACCUGGCCCUCCAGUCCCCCCCCGUGGUCUUUGCCGGCACCGUGCUGGUCGCCCCCUUCGUGGAUGUCGCCACCUUGGUCUCGACCUAUCGUGUCGCCGGGGUCGUUCCCAUUCUCUCCCCCCUGGCGCGCUUUCCGUGGCUGUUUGCCUCGCUGCAGCGCUUUAUCCGCGACAAAUGGCCGAGCAAGGACCGUGUGGCCGAGUACGUGCGCACCAACGAGGUCAACGGGGAGCGCUACCAUCUCACCAUCAUCCAUGCGGAGGACGACUACGACAUUCCCUGGCAUCACGCCCAGGCCCUCUUCUGGCACGCCGUCCGCGGGGCCGUCCCCGGGGGCAUCAGCUACGAUGAUCUCGAGCUCCAGAAGCUGGACCUCCGGCGGGACCACGGGGCGGCGGGCACCGUCGUGGAAUGGACGACCGAGCAUGGCGUGAUCCGGGAGCAAAUCCUGAAGACGGGCUUGCACGAUGUCAUCAUGGGAUAUCCCGUCAUCACCAUGGCGGUGAUGCGCGCGUUUGAGGCAGCCAGUCAGUGACUCCCCGAUGGAGGCGAAUAGACAUAGACCGAAGGAUCAUGAGAUAGAGGUUCCUGUUAUCCAGCAUACUUCCCAUGCCUCACAGCCGGUCUGUGGCUUGCAGUGUACAUGCUAUUUCUCUCAAAUAUAAUUUGGCAGUGUUAUCCUAACUGA